AUCUGAAGAGCACUUCAAAGAGGGAUUCACAUCACCACACACAUACACACUCACAAAUCAAACUACAGACGAACAAACUAAGAUAUUGAGCUUUUGGUAAAAGAUCGACUCUACUUUGUGGCUGUAUAAAACUUUAAUCAGAACAAACUGCUAUAAACAAGAAGACGCUCGGCGGACUGCGCGAACGAGGAGUCGCAUCAAUCACGCAAAAUGCUGCGAGGCUUCACACCUUCGCACUGAUCGGACUCGGCGCGUUUCGUAAGUCAUCGCUGCGUUCCGUCGAUCUAUUGAACAGUCACUCGGACAGCACUUUCCAAUAAAACCCUAUUUUAAAAGCAGCCUUUCCUGUCCCGAACACAUUUAUCAAUAUCACUGACGCCUCCGGGACCUUCUCCAGCUGUGCCGUCAUAAACCCCGCUGGUUACCGUCACUUUUCAACAUGAUCAACAUCUUUUGCCAAGGGUAGUUGAGAGCAAUGGCAUCUUCUUAUAAACCCUGUGAACUGGAUAUUUGCUUCUCCCACCUCAAGUAAGAGUCAAAGACAAUUUUCUGUAAUCAAGAUGCAGAUUCUUUCAGCUGUUUUGCUCCUGUUCUGUUUGCACAAGUGUUGUUGGAAAGUCACAUGCAGAAGGGUCCAUAUUCCAGAGGUGGGCCUCGUGGACUGGGGGGAGGCUGAAAACGAGGAGCACCCCUCCCCCAGCCCUCGCGUUCUCAACCCCCUGCGCCUUUUCGCCCGAGGAUCCCCUGGGUUCAAGAGCAACAGGAGGGAGAUUACAUAUUUGGAAAACAUCGAGGACUCUUGGGACUGGUUAUCUAACCAGACAGAUGUCAAAGAGGCGCAGAGCAGGACUAAGCGCAGACCUAUUGUGAAAACGGGCAAGUUUAAAAAAAUGUUCGGCUGGGGCGACUUCAACUCCAACAUCAAAACUGUAAAACUCAAUCUCCUCAUUACAGGCAAGAUAGUGGACCACGGCAACGGCACGUUCAGCGUUUAUUUCCGCCACAACUCCACGGGCCUAGGGAACGUCUCCGUGAGCCUGGUGCCGCCUUCCAAGGUGGUGGAGUUUGAGAUCGCCCAGCAGUCCACCCUAGAGACGAAAGACUCAAAAUCUUUCAACUGUCGUAUCGAGUACCAGAAAACAGACCGCAGCAAAAAGACUUCACAUUGCAGCUAUGAUCCGUCCAACACGUGUUACCAAGAAUCCACCCAGAGCCACGUGUCCUGGCUCUGCUCGAAGCCCUUCAAAGUCAUAUGCAUCUACAUUGCCUUCUACAGCACUGACUAUAAACUGGUGCAGAAAAUCUGCCCAGAUUACAACUAUCACAGUGACACGCCGUACGCAUCCACGGGUUAAAAUCCAGUCCGUCCUAGAGAGUGAGAACAGUCAACCUCAUUUUCACCAUCUGAUUUAGAAGCAAUUAAAACAAAUCCAGAUGUUUCGCAUUAGGCUACACUACUGGCCUUGGCCUUUUGUGAUACGGCAGUCAGGACGUUUGACGGCAAAUAACCGAUCAACGCUUUUGUUUAUCGUCUCGCAUCCAUCUCACGGUUUGAGUUCCAUUGGGAAUUUUCUUUUUUUUUCUGAAAACACGCCAUCGCUACUUUUCAAGCUAAUAAAUCACAGACCUACAGAGGAUAGAUUACAUGUGAAACACCUUUUUUAUUGUGAGGUUUAUGUGUGUGUUAGUUUUAUUGAGCAACGUUGCCUCUUGUUCAGCACUAAAUUGUGUGAAGCAUUGACGCAGUUGUCAAGAUAAGUGCGAACGGGUUACAUCAUUCAGCAAAGACAUUACAUACAAAUUACUCUUAGUUAUUUCGCAUUUCACAAAGGAUCUAUGUGUGAAUUGAGACUUGUGUAUAAUUUCAAAGAGUAAUUUGCGACGUCUCACGAGAGCACAAUUCAUUGGACAGGUGGAUUUAGUGAAUCUGGCAGCCGGUUAACAACCCUUUGUCAUGGUCUCGCCACAGAGAUCCACAUUUCCAGGCUCUAAUUAACAUUAAUUAUAGUGGGAAAUUUCACUUACAAACCAUGACAGAAGGGACCGGAGCCAAAAACUGAAAUUUAGCAUGUCAGUCAUGUAGCAAACCUCUAUUCAUGCCAGUGACUUUGGACUGGAAUCAAACUCUUUUCAUGUCCUCUGUUCUUGGAGAAGUGAAAAUGUGUCAGGAGUAAAUACAGACAUUUAUGCAAACGCACAUGAGGGUAAUUUAAUACAAUAUGUGUACUGAGUCUUUCAUAAUUCAAACCUACACGGAGAUCAUUUGAAGGAAUCAUUUUUUGUUUGCGCAUUAUAGUCUAAAUGUCAGUGUGUCACAAUGAACCAGUUGAAAUGCCAUAGUCUGAUAAUCAGAACUGGAAUUCUCAGGUUCCAUAUGUGUGUGUAUGUGUGUGUGUGUGUCCCAAACAGAUUAUGGCCGUUUAUUUCAUUUUUCCCACAUCAAGGGCGACUGAUCUGGAUUGCAGUUCUGCUCGAAGUGAAGAAUCAGAUGGAUAAUUAAUUGUACUGAUACUCUAAUUGUCUUGCCAUGCGAACAUUAGCAUCAAGAACAUGUCAAUACAAAGAUAGCUGUUUAUAACUGUAUUUAGUUUAUAAUCCUGUGUGCAAUUUUGUGAAUAGUGUAUAAAUGUGACUAUAAAACUGUGUGUAUUUUGCCUUUCAAGGAUGAAUUUGUUUCUUUAAUCUAUUGAUCCAGCAUAAACAAUUUUCCUACUUUUGGUGUUUGACAGUUAUAUCAAGUAGAUAUAGAGUUGAGCCAUCUAGCUUGUCACAGCUUUAUUUUUCAGCAAAUUGUACGCUUUAUGUUUGUCCUCAAUAUCUGUAAAAUACAAAAAACGCUCAAGGAAAAUACCUGUGAGCUUCCAGCUUUCUUUUAACCCUCUAUGGCAUGCAUUUGCAACGAUUUAUGAAAUAAUGUUUAAUCAGAAAUUGCUAGUAAAUUUCACAAAGAAAUUGCAAGUAUUAAUUUAAUUAAAUAUUUUUUAAUAAAAAGACAGAAACAGUAUUGUUUUUUUACAUUGUGGAUAAUUUAUUUAUACUUAUAUAUUUCCCUAAAAAACAAAUUCAUGCUCAUAUCAAAAUAUCAUGUGGCUUAAAAACAUUAUAUUAUUGUUUUUUUUUUUUUAAAUGUCCUUUUAUUUCAAACAAUGUCAUUGUUCAUUUUAUCCGCUGAAGGAAAAAUGAACUAUGCCAUAUAGCAGAAUUGCACCAUAGAGGGUUAAUUUAUUGCUUUUAUUCAGUAUGACUGUCACAAAUUUAACCACGUGGCAUAUCCAGACAGUAUAUGUGAGAUUUGUAGUGAAACAUCUGCACAUCCUCCGUCGUUUUUAUGACCGCAUAAAACGCUGAUUCUUGCAAAUAUCCCAUUAGCUCUGGAUAAAAAAAAAAGUUACAUCCUGUAAUGUGUUUCAUUUCAUCAAGCUCUAAUACAUGAUCAUAUUCAA